AUGUUUCGUUUGGCAGCUGCUCAAGCUGUUCGUUCGGCACCAAGUGUAAGAAAUUAUGCUACUUUACGUGAGAUUGAAAACCGUCUCAAGUCGAUUAAGAACAUUGAGAAAAUUACCAAAACAAUGAAGAUUGUUGCUUCAACAAGAUUGAAUAAAGCUCAAAGAGCCAUGCAAUCAGCUCGUGUGUUCAACAAAUCCGAAACUGAGUUCAACGAGAAUGCCGAACCAAAAAUCGUCAAGGAAGAAGGUGAAGAAGCCAAACCGGAAAAGACUUUGUUGAUUGUUGUUUCUUCUGAUAAAGGUUUAUGUGGAUCCAUACACUCGCAAAUUUCAAAGAGUGCUAGAAAGAGAACUGCUGAGUUGGAUAACAAUGUUGAUAUCGUCACCAUUGGCGAUAAAGUUAAGGCUCAAUUGUUAAGAACCCACAACGAACACUUGAAAUUGUCCUUUAGUGGAGUUGGUAAAGGAGAGCCUACAUUUGAUGAAGUUGCCUUGAUCUGCGACGAAAUCUCCAAGUUGGGUCAUUUUGAAAAUGUGGAAAUUUUGUACAACAAAUUUGUUUCUGGUGUUUCUUUUGAACCUUCAAAAUUCUCAGUAUUUGCCGCUGAUGCUAUCGAAAAUGCCCCAGGUAUCAACAAGUACGAGUUGGAAAAUGAAGAAGUUCCUCAAACCUUGUCAGAAUUCUCCCUUGCUAAUAGUUUAUUAACCGCCAUGGCUGAAGGUUAUGCAUCUGAAAUUUCAGCAAGAAGAAACGCUAUGGAUAAUGCUUCAAAGAAUGCUGGUGAUAUGAUUAACAACUACUCUAUUUUAUAUAACAGAACCAGACAAGCUGUUAUCACUAACGAAUUGGUUGAUAUUAUUACUGGUGCUUCAUCAUUGGAAUAG